UCCCGAGGACUCCGUGCCGCCGCAGGAAACAGAAGUUAAACACUCACAAUGAUGGUCUGUUCCUCCAGACCCUGUACAUGCCUGAAGACCACUACCCAGGCCCAUUGACUGGGGCCCAGGGACCACCUAGAUGCAUACAACUGCACAGGACUUGGUCCUUUGCCUGUGGAGCACACGAGGGAAUGGCUGCUGUGUCUGCGCCUGCCCAUUGCCAGGAAUCAGUGACAUUCGAGGAUGUAUGUGUGAUUUUCACGGAUGAAGAGUGGAAGUAUCUGGUUCCUGUGCAGAAGGCCCUUUACAAGGUGGUGAUGCUAGAGAACUACCAGAACAUUGUCUCUCUGGGACUUCCAGUUCUUCAACCUGAUGUGAUUUUUCAGUUGAAGAAAGGGGACAUGUCAUGGAAGGAGGGUCUUCAUGGAUCUGAGGAGAAAGAGUGUCCAGAGAGUCUUGCUCUAGUAUGGAAGACUAAGCCUGACCUUCAAGAUGCUUCAGAAGAAGGAAAACUGAGGGAAAGUCUUGAAAGACAAAGUCCUCUGUGUCCUAAAAUUGAAGUUCAAGCACCAGAGGGUGGGUUGAAAACAAAGAAGAAAAGCCUCUCAGUGGAACCUUGCAAGAAAUUCUAUUCCCAGGACAAAAGCUUGAAGAGAGGAUUACCCAAGAAAGUCCUCACUAAAGAUCGAGAUCAGGAAUGCAGUGAUUGUGGGAAGACUUUCUUUGACCACUCAUCACUCAUCCGCCACCAGAGGACUCAUACUGGAGAGAAGCCUUAUAACUGCCCCGAGUGCAGGAAGGCCUUCAGUCACCGAAGCAGUCUCAGCAGACAUUUGAUGUCCCACACUGGGGAGAGCCCCUAUGAGUGCAGCGUGUGUGGCAAGGCUUUCUUUGACCGGUCAUCCUUAACUGUACAUCAGCGGAUUCACACAGGAGAGAAGCCCUUUAAGUGCAGCGAGUGUGGAAAAGCCUUCUUUGACCGGUCAUCCCUUACUCGACACCAGAGAAUUCAUACUGGAGAAAGUCCUUAUGAAUGUCAUCAGUGUGGGAAAGCCUUUAGCCAGAAGAGCAUUCUCACUCGCCAUCAGCUGAUCCACACUGGCAGGAAGCCGUAUGAGUGCAAUGAGUGUGGGAGAGCCUUCUAUGGUGUCUCCUCGCUGAACAGACACCAGAAAGCUCAUGCUGGGGAGCCGCGCUAUCAGUGUAAUGAGUGUGGCAAAGCAUUCUUUGAACGCUCUUCCCUCACACAACAUCAGAAGAUCCACACCGGAGACAAGCCAUAUGAAUGCAGCCAGUGUGGGAAAGCCUUCAGCCAGAGGUGCCGGCUUACGCGACAUCAGAGAGUACAUACAGGAGAGAAGCCCUUUGAGUGCAGUGUGUGUGGGAAAGUUUUCAGCUCAAAAUCAUCUGUGAUUCAACACCAGAGGCGUUAUGCCAAACAGGGAAUAGACUGAGUUGGGUUGAAGCUCCAGUCAAACCAAAAAAAAAAACACCUCUCCAAAGAUAGGUCUUCCUGUCGUAAACAAACCUGACAUCUGCUCAUUCUGCCCAUUCUGGCCACUGCUUGUGCAUCAUGAGUGUUAGAGCAGACAUCCUGUACCUACUAUGUUGUAGAACAAGCAUGAGGUGUGCAAGUGAGGAAAUGACUCUACAUUCCAAAAUUGGGAAAGGGACUGGAGUGUUUCUCAAUGGUAGAACAUUGUGUAGCUUGUGGGAAGCCCUGUGUUUCAUCUCUAGCACUGAAAAAAAAAAAAGGAAACAUUAUCAAACAAUAGGAUAGAUGUUAGCAGUGGAUCCUCACACAUACCUCCUGUCAGAACCUCAGUCCUAGGAAUCCCUGCACUUUAAAUAACUAGAAACUCCUACAGGAAGAGAAAGGCACAAUUAAUAGAUGGCAGGAGUAUUUCUUCCAGAGAGAUAUUCACAACUCCACUUCUAGCUUUUUGGUAGUUAAUUGGAGAGAGGAGUCUCAUAGACUUUGCCUGCAUGGGCUGGCUUCAAACCCCAUCCUCAGAUAUCAGCCUCCUGAGUAGGGUUGCAAGCAUAAGCCAUCAGAGAAAGUCUUUUUCUCUUUGCCACUAUGCUCUAGUUUUAUAAUAUACAUACAUGUGUUGCUUCCAGCUAGAUUGUAAGCACUUGGAGGUAUGACUUACAGGUCUAUAUCUCAUAGAGUACCUUGUAAAUAGUAGGUGCUCAUUAUUUACUGUCUGCCUUAAUGUGCCCCCCCCCCCCCCACCAAACUUGACAUCCUGACUCAGAAUUCUUGUGGUACCUCAGCCCAGCUCUACAUUUUUAUUUUAUUGACUCAGGCACUAAGCAAUCUUUAGGUAUCUGUAUUCUUUUUCUAGUCACAUAAAGUGAAACAUUAAAAAAAACCAAACACGUGUUUUUGAAAACUCUGGAAUUAAAUUCCAUGAAUCCUAAUGGAUAUUAAAGUAGAUUUUUCCCAGAAGGGAAAGAUCCAGGAAGUUGAUUUGCCAAACAGAUCCCUUACAACCUAACACAUCUAAAUCAUUGUAUAUGUGUGUGUGUGUUUGUGUGUGUGUGAGACAGCGAGAAGAGAGAGAGAGAGAGAGAGUUGAACUCCAGGCUUUACACUCUUGCUCAGUUUUUUCUGGGGCUCAUGCCCUCAGCUUUUCUGCUGAAGGCUGGUGCUCUACCAUUUGAGCCACAUCUCUACUUCCAACUUUAUGCUGG